AUGAGCGGAAUCUACCGGCCGGGGCAAGUGCGACGGCCACUGACAUCAGCUGUCUUGAGACCAUGCUCACCGCUUCUCUCAGAUUCUGCCUCAAACUGUCUUCAUAGGACACGAUCACAGCCGCUGGCUCUCGGGGCCACAACGGGAUCUUUUGAUUUCAGGCGGCUUCAGGAGCCCCUGGUCCUACCUACACCGAAGAGGGGCCCCUCUGGGCUCCUGAGUCCUCCUCUUCUUGGGCGCCCCAAGAGCCGGAACUCUCCGACGGCUGGUGUCCUGCAGGAGAACAGCCGGGCCGAAAGCUGUGCAGCCGAGUUGGAGCGUGCCUUAAGGAAUGGAGCGCAUGGGUCGCCUUCAGAACGCGAUGAUGCCCAUUUGACAGAGUUUGAGAGGCCGAGUGAUCUGGCAGAGGUGAUCAGUCUGCGAGACAAGUUCCACCAGGACGUUGCGACCAUGACUAGCAAGCUGGAAUACCUGGCGAAGCACUCCCGCCUGGAGCAUUUGUCCGAAAGCAGCAAGAAGGACAGGGAAGCGGAGCGAGUCAAACUCGAAGAGCGACGAAUCGAAUUGGAGCGUCGAGCCCGACAGCGGGAACGUGUCUCGCGCGACCCUCGCAAGAAUGUUGCCAUCAAGGUGGAAAACAGACGGAAAUUUGGAUGGGAGAGCUGGAACCCAAUUGCGGAAAGCAUUCCCAUUUGCGAAGUAGAUGUUGGUUGGAAGAGCGGAAAGAAAGUCGGCUUAGUUGAUGUUGCUACCCUCACAGCACAAUGCAAGCAGCUUCGCCGCGGUGCCGUCUCUCUCAACGAUCUUCUGGCGAAGCCGUGGCUCUGCGGCUGGCUCAAGUCGCAGCGCCUGCCGGAUCUGCUGGGGAGUCUUGGGCCGCAGUGGGCAGUCGUAGCCCAGGAGUACUACGCGCAGGACGAGGCACUUCGCUACCACCGCGUUCCCAAGGCUGCACGAGUACAGGCUGAGUUGACGCAUGCGGCCGCAAGUUUGGGAGAUCUGCUGCCAGCCAGUCCUGGGUCCAUCGUUCUUGAUCUGGGCGCUGGAGGUGGCCUCAGCACUCUCAGUUUUCAGGCUUUGGCUGCAAGCAGAAAGCCCGGCACGCCUCCUUACAUUCUCAGCUUUGACACCAGCUUGCACAUGCUUGCGACGACAACGCAGAUUCAGGAGUCUGCACUGGUCGGAAUCCGAGUGCCGAGCAUGUCGGCAGACGGAGGCUUAGAAGCCGGACAUGUCGACAUCAGCGAGGGCUUGCAGUGGAUUUCUAGACGUGGUGAUCGAAUACUGGCAGACAUGUCACAGCCACUCCCGCUUCGUGAGGGUGUUGCUGAUGCCGUGCUCUCAAUCAGCGCAGUACAGUGGUUGCUCCAGCCCCGGUCAGAGGCAGAGUCGCACUCAGCAGACACGCCUUCGGUCCCACAAACGAAGCUCACCAAGCUGUUCACGUCUCUUCGCGCGGUGACGGCAGACACUGCCAAACUGGCAAUGCAGUUCUACCCGCCCAAAGGAGACCACGACUUCGGAGCCAGAGCUUUGCGAGACUCUGCAAGACAAGCUCAGUGGACCGACGUAGCAGUUCUUCUGGAUUUCCCUCACCAUCCGUCUUCAUUGGCUAAGAAGUGGUUUCUGACAGCAAGAUGUCGAGAAGGUGAUCGACAGACGACCCCGCUGCAGCCAACGUGGUGUGCUCUGUGCUGGCCAGUUGUGGUCGCUGGGUGUGUGUUGCAGAGCUCAUGUAGGCGAAGGCCAAGUGGGAAGGUUCUCUGCGAUCGCGCAGAGCAGCAGCAUGCCGAACUGGCUCUGCGCUUGGUGAGGUGCGGGCGGCGACUACAAGCGAGCGAGGGCGAUGCGGACGAUGCGGCGCGGAAGAUCCAAGAGCGGUUGCAGCAGCAGCUGCACCCGCUGCAGUUGGAGCUGGCCCGUGGCCUCUUCCAGGCGCUCGAGGCAUGCAGGCAGCUCGAGGCGACGGCGAUGGAGACGGUCGAGGGAGUCGAGGCGACGCAGACAGAGGCGGAAGCGGCGGAGGAGGGUGAAGGCCGGAACCGCGAGCAACACGAGGCAAAGCGCGCCAAGGCCGGUCCUCAGACGAGGACGGAGCUGCGAAGCGCCGUCGUGCGCUGCUUGCCUCAGUUGUUACCUGUGCUCCAUUCGGCGCCAAGCCAAUGCUGGCAGCAACCUCCGCCACCCCUGGCGCAGGCACAGGCAUCGCAGGUGGAGGACCUUGCGCACGGCCUUUAA